AUGCCUGGAUCUCCAGCACGCAUGAGUCCACUGCCGUCAACGUUCACUACCCUCACCAAACCUCCCGAUACUACUAUUGAGGAUACCCCAGCUCACACAGAAUCCCACAACUGUAAUGGUUACACCGACCUUGAGCAUCCUCUUGUUGGCCGUCCUGGUUAUCCUUGCAACGAGACAGAACCAAUGCAUCUGCCUGGCACUACUGCGGAGCCACACGUUCCAGGACGCUUCUCACCUCAUCCUUCUCCUACUGACUCAACAUCCAUAAAUCCUGCCACAGUCCAGGACAAGCGACAAUGUGAUCCCAACAACAAUGGAUGCUCCACAUGCUCUGAGUGUUGUGUUUUCAAGCUCAGCAUUUUCGACUGUGACACUGCUAUCUUCCACUCUCAGCUCGUGGUCAAGGCCGAUACACAAUGCCGUGAUAUCACAACCAUAUUCGGCAAUGACCCUGCGAUAAUGAUAUCUGAGUGUACGGGCUGGUUUGACACUUGCUAUAUCUAUUGGCGAGCGGGUUGUCGGCAGGAGGACCUCGGAACAGCCAAAACCAUCAAGAAUGUGGCCGGACAGUGUAUCAGCUUCGGUCAGUUUCCAUUUGGCAGCAUCAAAUGCUUCGGUGAGGGAUCCGGUGGUCCAUGA